AUGGAGACCAUCCCGGAAGACCAGGCUGUUAUGGUCCUUUGUGGCCACUUCCCCACCGCAACCCUACAACCCUGCCAGUAUUGCGCAGCCCUCUUCUCCUCGGCCGAUAAGAGUCAACUCUUACCAAUUUACCAGGCCAGCAUUGAGGAGAUCCUCAAGGAGGCGCGUAUGGGCGGGAGGACUCUGAAGAGGAAGUCGGGAGUUUGGGGCCUGCGGGCAAAAUUUUCUGGAAGCAAGUGA